AUCAAUCGCUCGAUCAAAAGACCUAGUUCGACCGAAUAGAUCGACGCACGCGCGCGUAGGUUAGGUGAUCGAUCGAGAUGGCAAGUAGCAGCGACAACACGACGGUGACUCUCCGCAGCGACGACGGCGAGGAGUUCGUGGUCCAGGCGGACACGAUCGCGGCGGCGUCGGUGCUGAUCAAGAACAUGCUGGAGGACGGCUGCGCCGCCGGCGUGAUCCCGCUGACCCAGGUGACGGGCCGCAUCCUCGCCCGCGUCGUCGACUACUGCAACCGCCACUACGCCGACGCCGACGCGGCCACGUACGUCAACAGCACCUUCUCGUCGGGCGACCCGGAGCUGGAUCGCUUCGACACGGACUUCGUGAGCGGCAUCGACCAGGACACGCUCUUCGACCUCCUCCUCGCCGCCAACUACCUCGAGGUACAGGGUCUCCUUGACCUGGCGUGCAAGACGGUGGCCGACCAGAUGAGGGGCAAGACGGUGGAGGGCAUGCGUGCGCACUUCAACAUCGUCAACGACUACACCAAGGAGGAGGAGGCCCAGGUCCGCAGCGAAGUUGCAUGGGCCUUCGAGUAGACGUACCGGCAAAUCACUGGCCGAUCACUUAUCUUUUUCUUUGGGGGAUUUGUUGCUGCCAUAAACUAGCUGUGAUAGUUCUUAUACACAUUUAAUGGGAGCGCUUAUA